AUGUCGUCGGGGAAUUCACCCCCAAUAAUCAGCACACCCGGCCCGUCCAACAAGGGACCUCAGGCGAUGAAUAAGCCUAUACCUGCAGUCCGUACAGGCUUGAUGGGACUCGGAUUGGACAGCCAGCCCGGGCCUUCGGUCGCGGCCCAGGGAUCCCCGAGGAUCGGACCGAGGGAAGGUAACCUUCCCCCGCUGUCCGAUCCCUCCGGGCCCUCUCGGCCGCGGAAGAAGGCCAGGUCUGAGUCUGACCGAGGCUCAUCAAGCGAUAAGGAUAAGCGUCCGCGACUGGGUCCUUCCUCCAGAUCGGAGGGAGAGGAAAGGGCGACCACGUUCACUGAUCAUUCCUCAACAGAAUCUGUGACUCCGUCCACUUCUAGGUCUUCGUCCCCCUCUGGGAGCCCAAUCCCAGCCAAUAAGCCAAUACCGAAGCCUAGGGCUCCCGCCAGGACAGGGAUAGACCAAAGGCAACUAAGAUUCCCUCCACGUUCUCCCUCCCCAACAUUAUCCCCAAUCCCGGUGGACUCAGCCCGAGGUGCCCCCGCCCUAAGCGGCACGGCGGGUAACCUGGACUCUACCAGGUAUAUGGACCUCGAGUCCACCAGACCACAUCACGCCCCUAAGCCAAACCCCAUUCCCUCUACCUCCUAUGCUGCCAUGGCAGCUAGGCCAGGUAUCCCUACCACCCAGAGGACUUCCCAAUCCUCACAAGUCCCUCUCCCCCGAGGUCGAAGGGUCGUGCCCAGGAGGUACUGCGCCGACACCCAUCAAUUAUGGUGGAGGCCCAAAUUGGUCUCGCCAUUUGGCGGCUAUUAG